CGGCCUCACCGAGUUAUAAUGGGCAACAAGGUGCACCUUCUAACACCGUUCCCGUCCACUUCCGCGGCGCGAAUAUUGUGAAGUGUUUCAUCGAGGACCUCCGCGACGGCUUUCUCUUCAACCCUGCGAAUAGUAGUUCGAGCCAAACGCCCCCACUCUCUCCCUCGCUCACCGACAUUUUGAUUUCCGGCUCGUCCGCGGGGGGACUGGGCGUCAUGGGCCAUGGCUGGCGGUUCCAGACCCUCUUUCCCACCGCGAAUAUUCGGGCGGUGAUCGACAGCUCGCAAUUCUUCUCCCUUGGCGGGGAAAAGCAAAUGAUGG